AUGUCGUCAAUCGGCCAGAGUGGUGGCGCUGACCCGCGACUUCUCGGCCGCGAAGCCUUUGAUGUCCGCCAAUUGCAUGAGGACUUGAAAACAACGGAGGAGGGGCCAGCCGAACAGAAGGUGGAUGAGGUCGUGCAGACAGCUCCCGCAAGAUUCCGCAGUGUGGUGGGCGGCGCCUGGCAGAGGGUGCGGGGCAUUUUCCGCCGUAGCAGCAGCAGCAGUGGCACAGCACAAGCAGAAGAAGAAGCAAAGAGCGGCAGCGGCAUAGCAGAUGCAGCAGAAGAAGAGCCCGAAGCGGAAUCUAUCGGAGAUUACACGGCUUCGGCCGUGAAUCCGGAGAGCUACCCGGCCUCCCUUCCGGGUGAUUUCAGGAUCCUGCCUGCCAGUGCGUGGCAGAGUCUCCAUGCUCGCUUCGAGCAGGAGACAAGGGAGUCCAGCACCGAAGUUGCAGCCACAGCUCCUGCCGACGCACCCCCGAGCCCCACGAGUCAUCAUGCGGAGGGUGCAGAUGCAGCAGACCUCGAGAAAUUCGCGCAAACGGACAUCCCUACGACCCCCAGCCAAGCACGCGCAGAAGAUUUCAUUCCCGCAAAGCCCCGACCGCCGGCAUUGACCGAAGCAUCACCGUCGCCGGAGAGCGACUGGUGGCUAACCUUGUGCAUGGCCGUGCAGCAAAACAUUUGUUGCGGCCGGGCCGAUGAGCUUCUGCUCCUCUUGGGGUCCAGGGAUGGAGUUUCCGAUCCGGCUCUGGCUCUUGGGUGCUUGCUUGAGGCCUACGGCAAUAUCACUUAUGGACGCAGGAGGCCCAGUGAAAUUAACCCGGUGAAGCGCCAUGUGCUUCGUUCUGCACCGAAGGAUGACAUGUGUGGCACCCGUGCUUCGGGAGAGGUUCGAAUGUCGUCAAUCGGCCAGAGUGGUGGCGCUGACCCGCGACUUCUCGGCCGCGAAGCCUUUGAUGUCCGCCAAUUGCAUGAGGACUUGAAAACAACGGAGGAGGGGCCAGCCGAACAGAAGGUGGAUGAGGUCGUGCAGACAGCUCCCGCAAGAAUCCGCAGUGUGGUGGGCGGCGCCUGGCAGAGGGUGCGGGGCAUUUUCCGCCGCAGCAGCAGCAGCAGUGGCACAGCACAAGCAGAAGAAGAAGCAAAGAGCGGCAGCGGCAGAGCAGAUGCAGCAGAAGAAGAGCCCGAAGCGCAAUCUAUCGGAGAUUACACGGCUUCGGCCGUGAAUCCGGAGAGCUACCCGGCCUCCCUUCCGGGUGAUUUCAGGAUCCUGCCUGCCAGUGCGUGGCAGAGUCUCCAUGCUCGCUUCGAGCAGGAGACAAGGGAGUCCAGCACCGAAGUUGCAGCCACAGCUCCUGCCGACGCACCCCCGAGCCCCACGAGUCAUCAUGCGGAGGGUGCAGAUGCAGCAGACCUCGAGAAAUUCGCGCAAACGGACAUCCCUACGACCCCCAGCCAAGCACGCGCAGAAGAUUUCAUUCCCGCAAAGCCCCGACCGCCGGCAUUGACCGAAGCAUCACCGUCGCCGGAGAGCGACUGGUGGCUAACCUUGUGCAUGGCCGUGCAGCAAAACAUUUGUUGCGGCCGGGUGCGCUGA